AUGGAGUUGGUAGAUAAGUCGAUGAGCAACGCUACACAAAGGUUGAUGGACAACGCCACACAAAGGGGUAUGGACAACGCCACAGAAAGGACCCAGUCCGUUUUACAGGACGGGUACGACCUGCCUGUGUACGGCCUGGACACGGGCUGGUUCCUAUAUAUCCACGUCCCUGCCCUUUGCUGUAUCUUUGUGAGUCUGUUCUGUGCCUCUGCUGUCAUCAUAGCGUCCUUUCGGAGCCAAACACGACCAUUUUUUAGCUGGAUGAGAAGCGAACGUUUUGUAGUUUAUUUGUCAAUGUGUGACGCACUUUUCAAUUUGACUCAUAGCAUGGACCAUCUUCAAAUGGUUAUAACCAAGGACCACGUGUAUCCGGUAGAGCUCUGCGAGUUCUACUCUUACUUCCUAGCGUUAUUCUCCUCCGCACAAUUUCUAGUGACUAACGUAGCAGCUUUCAAGGCAUUUGGACUUAUUUACUUGCAGAAAGAGUUUGGACUUGGCAAAUAUGACUGGAAGCUUCUCUUGUAUACGUUUGGCAUACCUUUCAUGUUGUCAGCAUGUGCUGCAUUGUUAGGAUAUUACGGACCAACGGGAUCUUACUGCCAUUUCGACGCCGUCAAAGGAGCUGUUGCCAACAUUUUCUUUACAACUGUUCCAAUGACCGCGGUUCUAGUCGCAAACAUUGUUCUCUAUGUGCUUACAUGGUGGAAAAUCCACACAGAGUCAAAGCGGAUCAAAACCAUGCUCGGAAACGAGGCUCAAACAGUCCGCGCGUCCCACAGGGCGGCAAAACUGAUGAGUCUGUUUGUGACCGCUUUUUUCGUUCAGUGGUGGGCCCUUGGUAUUGCUAUCGUCUGGUACAAAUUUGCAGUGAUUCCAAAGGAGUAUUUAACAAUCACGGUCAUAAUCACCAAUCUUGGGGGAGUUGUGAAUGGUUUCGUGUACAUUAUUAUCAAGAGAAGGAGGGAUCGCCAUGGUAACAAGUCCUUCAAAAGUCCCAGACAUUCCUUGAAGGAUUUUGGAAACAAUCAUAGGAAGGUCGAUGUAUCGGUUAUAGACACGAAGAUGUAGUUACCUGCUGUGACCAUCUCUACAGAUGAUGGAUCCAGAAUUAAGAGGGAUGCAUGUUAACGGCCAUUUUAGACUGUUUUAAUCUUCUUUAAGCGAGAACUAUAGGAAAAUGUUCAAAUUUUAAAGCUGAAAUAUUGGGAUUUCUCUUUACUAGAUAAUAUACAGUGUAUGGUAAACAAUAUCCUCUGUAUGAUUUUAAGGUAAAUUUGAUGAAUAAUUUGUUGACCAUUCAGCCUUCUCAAUAACAUGAUAUAUAGCAUCAAAAGUGUUACGACUCUGUUGUAACCGUAAACUUAUCACAACUUAAGGGGGAUGUGCGGCCAUCUUGUACUUUUGAAAAUAAAAAUGUAAACAUUUCUAGAACUGGCUUGUCUCUGCCCAAAACUGCUGUUAAAAGCUAAAAAUGCAAUAAAUAUGAGGUUCUACACGUUGUUCUGUUUGCAAGAUACAUACAUGUAUGCAUAGAAAAAGAGAACAAUGUCUUUUUAAUCGCUUAGAACAGCU